UCAAGAUACUAGCGAUGAACAAUUCAUGUCUUUCAUCGAAAACAUUAUUACUCUUGUUAUUCUUUAUCAACGCUACUUUCUUAAGCUUUAAAACAGUUAAAGCCUUGGUUCCUAGUUCUAAAACAUUCAAAUAUGCACUUGGUUCACUAUCUGGAUCUGAAAAUGAUGCAUCUAAUCUACUCAUUCCUCAGAUUGCAAACCAUCCAUUUAUGCUAGGCUUUUACCCCACAACUCCUAAUGCUUACAUCCUUGGGUUGUUGAUGGGUUACCGUCUUCAAGAAGAUGCGUUUCCACCGGCUUUGAAGCGUAGGGUAUGGUCAGCUAACCUGAACAGACCCGUCAGCAGGAACGCAACUCUAACUUUUGGUCUUGAUGGUAACCUUGUCUUAGCUGAAGCGGGUGGUCGAAUUGUUUGGCAAACUCGUACCGUCAACAAAGGUGUCGUAGAUCUCAAAUUACUCUCAAAUGGUAACUUAGUUCUUCUCAACAGAAACGGUGGGUUUGUUUGGCAAACUUUUGAUUACCCAACCGAUACACUUUUGAAUGGUCAAGCCCUGCGUGGUGAUGGUUCAAAUAAGCUAGUGAGCGGAUCGUAUAGUAUGGUUGUAGAUGUCAUAGUCAGGAGACAAUUUCUUACUCUAUUCUUCAACAGCAAGAAGAAGAAUUCCACUGAAAGGCAAAUGCUGUCUUACCAUAUUAUAGACUCAUUUGGUGCUAGUUUCAAAAAUGUAACUUUUUAUGUUACUCCGGUGGAUUAUAGUGUUGGUGGCCGUGACUUCGGUAAUCAGAUAGGGCUAUCAUUUUUAGGUGACCCAGGUGACAGAAUAGCUUGGGGACAAACAAAAUACAAUAGCACACUUUCAAUACUUCAGUUAACACGGGAUGGUAACGUUCGUGUGUAUACCUAUAAUGAGAAAGGAUUGUAUGGUAGCGAGUGGGAGGAAACGUAUACCUAUUUCUCUUUGAACGAAUGUAGUUUGCCAGAAAAAUGUGGGGUGUUUGGGCUUUGCUCGAAAAGGCAAUGCAUUGCUUGUCCUACGUCUAAAGGGCUCAUGGGGUGGAGCCAAAAAUGUAAACCUGAAAAACUACCUCCUUGCACAAAUACGACGUCGUCAAGUGCUAGAUUGGUUGACUACUACAAGAUCAAGGGUAUGUCAAGCUCGUUACGAAGGGAUCGCAGAGAUGCUACGGAUUUUGUAGAAAUGAAAAUUGGUGACUGCAGGAAUAAAUGCAGUGCGGAUUGCAAAUGUGUUGGUUUCUUCUACAGAACUACUGAGGGUAGAUGUUUGCUUGCUAAUUUUGAACUCUACACCCUGACCACAGACCCGGAGUGGGAUCAAGUCCAAGAAGAUUAUUUUCCAAUUGAUGGUUAUAUAAAGUUUGCAAAAUAGGCUGUAGUUUGGCCAAAAAAGUACGUGUCACAGUCUUAUUGGUUGUAUUGAGUAUUGUGUCUGCCUGUAAUAAUAGAGUGGAUGCUCUUAUAACUGUUUAGUGAUUGGAAAGUUGUUAAUCGAUCAGAUUACACAUUUAAGAGAAGUGA